AUGUCGGGCCCCACAGACUCCGGGGUCACAGCUGAGAAUAUCGCUGAGGUCCUGCGGCAUGACACAAAGGUGAAAGUAGCCGGGGUGGACGUGGAUGGGCAACUGCGCGGCAAACUCAUGAAGAAGGACAAGUUUUUAUCCAUUAUCACCGAGGGUUUCGGCUUCUGCUCCGUUAUCUUCGGCUGGGAUCAACAUGAUGCGACCUAUUACAAGGAGCUGAGCAUCAGCAACAAAGAAAAUGGAUAUCGCGAUCUAGUUGCUGUCCCAGACCUACGCAGCUUCCGUCGCAUUCCUUGGGAGAACGAUGUGCCCUUCUUUCUUAUCAGCUUCCUAGAUCCAGACACACGGGAGCCAGUGUGUGCCUGUCCACGGGGAUUGAUGAAGACCGUAGCUGCGAAAGCUGAGGCAGCAGGGUAUCGGGCUAUGGCAGGAGCGGAGUAUGAAUUCUACCAAUUUCGCGCACCGGGCAACCACGAUACUCCUGAACGAGGUGCAUCUGCAACGGCCACUUUUCUUCAGUCAAAUCCCGCCGAUGCAUUGCCCUCAUUAACAGAAGGCAUGUUUGGGUAUUCAAUCACUCGGCCCUUGCACAACCAAGAUUAUUAUUAUGGCAUUUUCGACGCCUGCGAGAAGUUCCGUUGCGAUAUUGAGGGAUGGCAUACCGAAAGUGGGCCGGGAGUGUUUGAAGCUGCAUUACAAUUUGGUGAAGCGAAGGAUAUGGCCGAUAAGGCAGGUUUGUUCAAAUAUGUCGUCAAAGCAUUUGGAAUCAAGCACGGGAUCACCCCAUGCUUUAUGGCCAAACCACGCCAGGGACUUCCAGGAAACAGUGGACAUAUGCACAUCUCACUCGUGACCGCUGACGGAAAGAAUGCCUUCAUUCGCGAUACUCCCGAUCCCUCCCCCCUCUACCCCGAUAUUGCUCAUCUGUCCGACUUGGGUCGACAUUUCCUAGCCGGCCUUCUCGUCGGCCUUCCAGAUAUUAUGCCGAUCUUGGCCCCGACCAUCAAUUCCUACAAGCGACUGGUGGAGAACUUCUGGGCGCCAGUCACUGUCUCUUGGGGACUAGAACACCGGGCUGCGUCGAUCCGUCUGAUCACCCCACCGACGGCUAGCGCAAAAGCAACCCGGUUCGAAAUACGCGUGCCGGGUGCGGACACUAAUGCGCAUCUCGUCCUGGCAGCCAUACUGGCAUUGGGAUGGCGAGGAGUCGAGCGGAAGCUCGAGAUCCCUGUGCCGCCACUUGCCCGUGGGGAGGAUAUGGGCGGUGCCAGUGACCAGGGCGUACGCCUGGCCAAGUCCUUGAAGGAGGCCAUUGUUACAUUUACACGACCGGAGAGUGUUGCACGGGAAGUGUUUGGUGAUUCCUUCGUUGAGCACUUUGCUGGAACUCGAGAACACGAGGUGCGCCUGUGGGAAGAGGCGGUCACUGAUUGGGAGAUGAAGCGGUACAUCGAGACUGUGUGA